AUGAUGUUUCCCUUUACGGAAAGUCCCAAGAGUCGCGCCGUGGAUACCGUAAAAGGGAGAGAAGCCCUUGGGGAAGAAAACCGGGCUUCCCGCUUUACGGCACUUGUCAAGGCGGCAAAGUGCCCGGCUGUCAGUUGGAGGGGGGCGGGGGGCCUUCGCCCCCGCCCCCUCGGCCUGGACUUCCGCUCACCGAGAAGGCGUGUUCCGGGCUCUCCCACCCAGCUCUGGGCGCCGGUUAAGACCACGGUCCCCGUCACCGGUGCCAUGGAGGCGCCGGUGGAGGCGGAAGUCGAAAAUGAAGACGGCGACAGCAUCUGCGGGGAUUUGUGCUUCAUGGACAAAGGCCUGCGGAGCAUAUCAGAAUUAUCUUUAGAUUCAUCCCUUCAUGCCAUCAAUCUUCAUUGUAAUAACAUCUCAAAAAUCGAAGCCAUUGAUCAUGUUUGGAAUUUACAACACUUAGAUCUGUCAUCUAAUCAAAUAGAUCGAAUUGAAGGGCUAAACACACUGACAAAACUGUGCACUUUAAAUUUGUCCUGCAAUUUGAUCACAAGAAUAGAAGGACUUGAAGCACUAACUAAUCUGACUAGACUGAAUUUAUCUUAUAACCAAAUAAAUGAUCUUAGUGGUUUGAUUCCCCUUCAUGGAAUUAAACAUAAACUUAGAUAUAUUGACCUACAUAGCAAUUGUAUAGAUAGUAUCCAUCACUUACUUCAGUGUGUGGUAGGAUUGAACUUCUUGACUAAUCUUAUUUUGGAAAAAAAUGGAGACGAUAACCCUGUCUGUCAUGUACCAGGGUACAGAGCAAUUAUGCUCCAGACGUUGCCACAGCUUAGAAUCCUAGACUGCAAGAACAUAUUUGGUGAGCCAAUAAAUUCGUCAGAAAUAAACUCAUCACGCCUACAGUGCUUAGAAGGUCUUUUGGAUAACUUAGUUUCUUCUGAUUCUCCUCUAAAUAUAAGUGAAGAUGAGAUAAUUGGUAGUAUGCCAGUGGUAACACCACCCAUUGAUGAGAUAGUUCCCUUGGAUCAGUUUGCAUCACCAACAGAUACUGGUUUGACAUCAUUUAUAUCUAUAUGUCCAUCUUCUGAGCCGGAGAAAGUUAACAAUGAAAACAAUUUUCAUAACGACAUGAAACUUCAGAAAUUAGAUGAUCAAAUUUUACAGCUUCUCACCGAAACUUCUGAUUCUUUAGUAGAUAAUGUUCCUGAGAAAGAUCUCAGACCAAAAAGAGAUACAGAUAUGACUUCUGAAAGUGACUAUGGCAACAGAAAAGAAUGUAAUAGAAGAAUUCCUCGAAGAUCAAAAAUCCCAUAUCAUUCCAAAACUAUUCAGACUAUUAAGCACCACAGUAAAAACAACCCUUUUAUGAGCUGUAAUCGUAAAAUGAAACCACCUUUCUUUAAAGAUUUAUAUAUAAGAUCAUCUUUAGCAAAUUGUAAUAUGUUAGAAGAAGCAGAAGAACAGAAGACUGAAAUCAUUAAAGUAGACAACAGUAGCUCAGAAGAUCCCACUUACCGGACACUUAUUGAACAACUAGAGCAAGAGAGAGAGAAGAGAUGGAAAGCUGAACAAGCUGAAAAGAAACUUAUGGAUUAUAUUGCUGAACUACACAAACAUGCAAAUGAAAAAAAAGAUAUUCAUAGCCUGGCUGUACUCACCACAGAUAGGCUAAGGGAAAUUAUUUUUAAAGAGAGAAAUUCCAAAGUACAGCUCGAAGUUAUGGUUCACAAACUUCAAAAUGAAAUUAAAAAACUAACUAUUGAAUUAAUUAAAGCAAGAGAUCAACAAGAGGACCACAUUAGACACUUAAGAACUCUGGAAAAAGCAUUAGAAAAAAUGGAGAGACAAAAAGGGCAACAGCAAGCAGCACAGAUGCGACUAAUCCAAGAGGUGGAGCUCAAAGCUGCCGCGGCUGAUACCGAAAUAAACUUACUUAGAACUUCUCUUCAUCAAGAAAAGGAACAAGUACAGCAACUUCAUGAACUUCUUGCAUUGAAAGAACAAGAACACAGGAAAGAACUUGAAACAAGGGAGUUUUUCAGUGAUGCUGAGUUCCAGGAAGCCUUAGCUAAAGAAGUAGCUAAAGAAGAAAGAAAGCAUGAGCAGGAUAUAAAAGAAUACCAAGAAAAAAUUGAUACAUUAAACCAACAAUAUAUGGAUUUAGAAAAUGAAUUCCGUAUUGCUCUAACUGUUGAAGCCAGAAGAUUUCAAGAUGUUAAAGAUGGUUUUGAAAAUGUUGCAACUGAGUUAGCAAAGAGCAAGCAUGCUCUUGUUUGGGCCCAACGAAAAGAAAAUGAAUCUUCCUCUUUAAUUAAAGAUCUGACCUGUAUGGUGAAGGAGCAAAAAACAAAACUUGCAGAAGUUUCGAAAUUAAAACAGGAAACAGCAGCAAAUUUACAGAAUCAAAUCAACACCCUUGAAAUCCUGAUUGAAGAUGACAAGCAGAAGAGUAUUCAAAUAGAACUUCUCAAGCAUGAAAAAGUCCAGCUUAUUUCUGAGCUAGCCGCCAAGGAAUCGCUAAUUUAUGGUUUAAGGACAGAAAGAAAAGUAUGGGGACAUGAGCUGGCACAACAGGGAUCAACUCUAGCCUUAGAUCGUGGGAAAUUAGAGGCUCAGAUUGAAAGCUUAUAUAGAGAGAAUGAGUCUUUGAGAAAGGCAAAUGAAUGUGAUAAUGACGCAUUAAGAAUUAAGUGCAAAAUCAUAGAAGACCAAACUGAAACCAUUACAAAAUUAAAAACCUGUGUACAAGAAAGAGAAGAACAAAUCAAAAUAUUACAAGAAAAGAUCACUGAAAUACAAAGAUGUACUCAAGAACAACUUGAUGAGAAAUCUUCACAACUGGAUGACAUAAUUGAAAAACUGGAAAGACACAAUGAAAGAAAAGAAAAACUAAAACAACAGUUGAAAGUAAAGGAAUUAGAACUUGAAGAAAUUAGAAAAGCUUACAGUACACUUAAUCAGAAAUGGCAUGAUAAAGGAGAGCUUCUAAGUCAUCUUGAAAUGCAAGUAAAAGAAGUGAAAGAAAAAUUUGAAGACAAGGAAAGGAAACUUAAAGCAGAAAGAGACAAAAGUGUUGAACUACAAAAGGAUGCGGUGGAAAAGCUUCACAGUAUGGAUGAUGCCUUUAAAAAACAAGUUGAUGCAAUUGUUGAAGCUCAUCAUGCUGAAAUAAUACAACUGGCAAGUGAAAAGCAGAAAUACAUCGAUUCUGCAAAUCUAAAGGUUCAUCGGGUUGAAGAGGAAAUGCGUGAACUUCUUCAAGAAACAUGCAAGAACAAAAAAGCAAUGGAAGAAAAAAUUAGGCAACUUGCUUUUGCUCUGACUGAAAUUCAGCAAGAAAUGUGAUGGUUCCAAGAAAUGAAUUUAAUUGAAAUGGAACAACAGACCUAUUGUAAAAAUGAUUAAAUAUUGUAAUAGUAGUAACUGCUACGACUUUGAAAUGUCUCUUUCUACACAUUUCAUUCUGAUUAUAUUUUAAAAGACUUUUGAUCAAGUAUUUUUUAAUUGUAUAUGUAGGUUUUUAUAAUAAAUUGUUGAUAAUUAUGUGUAGAAAAACCUAUCAAAAUAACUAGACUUACAACACUUUCUUGUUUCUGUGCUAUACAUUGUUUGGUAAUUACACAUUUGCCUUCAAAUAUGUAAAUGGAAAUUAACAUUAGUAUUUGGACUAUAUGAGGUCAAGUAUUUUCAUCGUUGUUGUUACCCUAUUGUGUUGAUGAACUAAUUAUAUUUAUUGGUCAUCCUGUAGUUGACGUAGCUCCAUUUUUUUUUUAAAUGCUCAUAAGUGUAGCUGAAAAGUAUUUGAAGUCUGUAUGAUAAAAGAUAUGGCAUUCUUAACAAAGCAUAUGUAGCCAUCUCCAGAUCACUCAUAAUGACCCCUUUUUUAUAAUGCAUAUGAGUUCAUUAAAGAUUACAUGUAAGAUUUUAUAAAUAUUGUUCCUCAAGAGGAACACUCCUGUUCCACCUUCAUUUUCCAUUCUAAUCACUGUAUUUGAAAGAAUUCUUAUUUUCAUUUUUGUCAUCUCUUUUGUUAGUAUGUAUGCAGAACAAAAACCUAAGUACUAUUACUAUUUCUAAAAGAAAUAAUAUAAUAUCACAUUUUUAACUAAUAACCACUGAAUUAAAUUGUUUGGGGUUUUCUUUGUUUGCUUUUUCUCAUGGGGUUUGAACUCAUGACCCUGACAUCAAGACCUGAGCUGAAAUCAACAGUCGGACACUUAACCCACUGAGCCACCCAGGCACCCCUGAACUAAGUUUUAAAAAUUAAAUGCAAUCAGAAAAAAGGUGAAUGCUUCUAAAAGAGAGGGCUCCAUUUCGUGAGAGGCAAGCUUCUUGAAAUCUAUGGGACAAAUUCCAAGCAUACCAACAUGCACAGUGGGGGUGGGAGAGCAGGGCAUAAAUUGGAAAAAUAAUAGCCGAAAAUUUCCUAAAUGUAAUGAAAAGAUUAACCCAUAGAUCCAAGAACUUCAGUAAAACCCAGGAUAAACACAAAAAGAACCACACCUAUACACUUAAUAGUCAAACUCGUGGGAAAUUCGUGAAAGCAAGAAAAUAUGAUUCAUGAAAUGAACAAUAUAGUUAACUGUUGACUUCUCAUCAGAAAUAGUAAAGGCCAAAAAAAAAAAAAAAAGUAGAGGCCAGAAGGCAGUGAGUAACAUACUUAAGGUAUGGAGGAAAAAUAAAUUAUCAGCCAAGAAUUCUACAUCCAAAAAAAAAAAAAAAAAAAAAUCCAGCAAAACUG